AUGAUAAAAACUGGUAUCUAUGUUGAUGAUGUCUUAUCCGGAGCGGAUAAUUUGGAAGAUGCUAUUAAACUACACAACAAACUACAUGGUCUCUUCAUGGCGGGCGCUUUGCUGCUCAAAAAGUGGAAUUCAAGCAAUCAUGAGCUAAUGCAGCGCAUUCCGGAUGAUCUGCACGCGUUAUCUCCAGAUAUAUCAUGGCAGUCAGAAACAUUGGUUUCGAUGCUUGGGUUAACUUUGAAACCCAGUACCGAUUGUUUUAUUUUCCAGGUGGAAAUUAGGCCUAUUAAAGAUGUGAUCACAAAGCGCCUUGUCGUCAGCCAGUCAGCCCAAUUAUUCGAUCCUCUAGGAUGGUUGGCACCUGUUAUCAUCGUCGCAAAGAUCUUUAUCCAGGAACUUUGGAAACUUAAUUUAUCCUGUUCGAACUGUUCCGCUUCCUCGUCUUAA